AUGGAGGUCGACAGGGCUCUGCAGAAGCGUGAUUCCUGUACUUUCUCCGGUUCGGAUGGAUACUCGUCUGCUAGCGCGAGCAAGAAGGACUGUUCCACCAUUGUGCUGUCUGCGCUGAGCGUUCCGGCCGGUGUUACGCUGGAUAUGACUGACCUUGAGGAUGACACUGAGGUCAUCUUCGAGGGUGAGACAACCUUUGCCUAUGAGGAGUGGGAUGGCCCCCUCUUUGCCGUCUCUGGAAGCUCCAUCACCGUCACGGGCGCGUCUGGAUCAAGCCUCAACGGUAACGGGGCCGACUACUGGGACGGCGAGGGCUCCGACGGCGGCAAGACGAAGCCCAAGUUCUUCCAGGCGCACGACCUGACCGAUAGCACCAUCUCGGGGGUGACCAUCACCAACGCUCCAGUGCAGGUCUUCUCCAUUGACACGGUGACCACCCUGGCCGUGACGGACGUGACCAUCGACAACUCGGCGGGCGAUUCCCUCGGCGCCAACACGGACUGCUUCGAUAUCGGUUCCUCAACCGGCGUGACCAUCACCAACGCAAAGUGUUACAACCAGGACGACUGUGUGGCCAUCAACUCUGGGUCCAACAUCAUCUUCACGGGAGGUUACUGCUCCGGAGGGCACGGCCUGUCUAUUGGUUCCGUGGGCGGCCGCGACGACAAUACUGUGGAAGAUGUCACAUUUGAAUCUUCUCAGGUUAUUGAUUCGCAGCAGGCUGUGCGUAUCAAGACCAUCUCGGGCGACACAGGCACUGUCAGCAGCAUUACCUACAAGGACAUCACCAUCUCUGGGGCUACGGACUACGGUAUCGUCAUUACCCAGGCCUAUGACGGCGACGAGGCUACUACCGGCGUUCCCAUCACUGGCCUCACUCUGGACGGAGUUACUGGCACUGUGAGCAGCGAUGCUGAUGCGGCUAUCUAUAUUGACUGCGGCUCCGGUUCCUGCUCUGACUGGACUUGGUAA